AAAACCAUGACGUAACACGGAAGCUUACGUUCAGUCCGAGUCAACAAUGGUGUCCACACGCAAGUUCUCCGUGGUUCUCCUUUUAUUUUGUGUCUUCUUUUUUCUAAAUGCUGUUUGUUCGGUGUCUACCGAACUAAAUGUCCGACACUCUUUUCGAGAAAAGCUUCGUGUGAAAAGGCAGGAAUGUCAAGAUGGCACUUACGAGCACGGAGGCAUAAACUGCUGUAAAUGUGCAGCUGGUCAGCGAGUGGGAGAGCACUGCACUAAAACUGCAAACGAUGGAAAAUGUGUAUUUUGUGUUUCACAUUUCACUUAUAACAGUGAACCCAAUUCUAAGGACUCCUGUGAAAUCUGCACAUCCUGCAGUCAAGAAAACGCUAAUUUAGAAGAAGAAGAAUCCUGCACCACUAUCAAAGACAGAAAGUGUAGAUGUAAGAAAGGUUACUACUGCCCCAAAGCAGACGGAACCUGUAAAAUCUGCAAUCCCUGUACAAGAUGUGAUUCCACCGGCAUCAAAGAUGCCUGCACAGCCACCAGUGAUGCAGUUUGCAACGAGGAAACAGCUUACAACGAGGAAAGUACUGGCUUACCAGGCGGUGCAGUCGCUGGCAUUGUGAUUGCAGUUUUGGUUGUUGUCGCCGUGGUGAUUGUAGUAGUAGUGUUCAGGAAGAAAAUUCUGGGGUUUCAUAAAAAAGACACACCAAUGCCCUCUGGCCCUGUGAUUGACCCACUUCUUCCAGUGGAUAUGGAGUCGCACAUAGUGGAAGUUGCAGAAAUAAUCGGCUGGAAAGAUAUGAGCCAAAUUGCACUCAAGUGUCAGAUGGCAAAUGCCAUUGAGAAUGCAAAACUCAGCCACCACAGUGAUGGUGAAAUGUGGACCCAAGAACUACUGAGAAAAUGGGUGGAGGCGAAGGGCAGGCCUGCCUCUGUAGAGAUGAUCUCGACCCUGCGGAAAAUGAAGAAAAACAACAAGGCGGACAAAAUCAAAGACGUGCUGUAUCCGGUCGACUCUCCUACACAAUGUAGUAGUUCUGCCUAAAUAUUUUUUAUCUUUUAUGAUGUUAAUAAAAUGAUGGCAUGGAUUAUUUUUGCACAAUCAAAAAUGUUUACGAUCUUGCAAGCUUAGAAUGUGCCUUUUUUUAAAAAAAAGAAAAAAAUCAAAAUCUUUAUAUAAACUUUUAAAAACUUUAAAUUUAGCGAAUGGAUUAUCACAAUCUAGAUGCUGGUCCAGCUGACAGGAAAAUUGUGCUUAAUUGUAUUUUUGCUUUUUUUUAAAAAAAAAAGUUGCUUCUGCUGACUUUCCGUUAAAUUUGUAAUUUUCAAAGAGGUUUACUCUGAAUGCACUGAAUGAAUAAAAAGAAGUUCAAAUA